AUGUUGACUGUAUUACCCAAGGUCACUAAGCUUGCCGUGCAGAGCCGUGCAAAGAAGACUAGAAAAUUUGCCGAGGUGAAGCGCAUCCUUAAUCCCAAAGAUGCGAGAUUACACGUCCCACAGCAAGCCUCAUCGCUCUUCUUUGCCCACAAUACUGCCCUCGCACCACCAUACCGCGUCCUUAUCGAUACGAACUUUAUCAACUUCAGCCUGCAAAACAAGUUGGAGAUCGUACAAGGCAUGAUGGAUUGUCUGUACGCCAAGUGCAUACCGUGCAUCACGGACUGUGUCAUGGCUGAGUUGGAGAAGCUAGGUCCGAAGUACCGGAUAGCGUUGAGAGUCGCCCGAGAUCCACGCUUUGAGCGUCUUCCAUGUUCUCACUCCGGGACAUACGCAGAUGACUGCCUUGUAAAGCGCGUCACUGCGCACAAGUGCUAUCUUGUUGCGACGUGCGAUCGGGAGCUCCGCAAACGGAUUCGCAAAAUCCCUGGUGUACCUCUCGUCUACAUCGUGAAGCGAAGGUAUGCGGUCGAGCGAUUGCCUGAUCAGGGAGCGCCGGCGUAG